UCGGAAGCUGAGCCCUUAGAAAAACCAGGCUCGCUUAGUGUGCACUGGCCGACUGGAGAGGCAGGCGAGGCAGUGUGGCUCUCGCUGGCUACUGGGGAGCGAGUGGUGCAUCCCAGUCCUUAAUGCCGGCUCUGAGCACCCGAGUUUAGAGUCCCAGCAUUUCCUCACGGCAUCGCACCUAAUUUCUGAGCACUUCGUGUGUAAGAGACCAAGGUGGUGGCCCUCGUGAGCACCCUAGUCCGGGCGACAGACGAGCCGGGCGAUGAGUGAGAAGCUGGACACGGAAGUUCAGGAGCACAUGGAGGACUGCGGCCCAGAGGCCAGUGCAGAACACAGCCCUGGAGUCCCAGAAAGUAAAGAAGAGAAAGAGGGGCCUGCACCAGCUGCAGAGUCCGGAACUCAGCCUGGGCUCUACAGCUACAUAAGGGAUGACCUGUUCACCUCAGAGAUCUUUAAAUUGGAGCUGCAAAAUGUGCCUCGCCAUGCCAGCUUUAGCGACGUCCGGCGCUUUUUGGGCCGUUUUGGCCUACAGUCCCACAAAAUCAAACUCUUCGGACAACCACCAUGUGCCUUUGUAACAUUUCGCAGCGCUGCUGAACGAGACAAGGCCUUACGAGUGCUGCACGGUGCUCUCUGGAAAGGACGUCCACUCAGCGUGCGCCUUGCUCGACCCAAGGCUGAUCCCAUGGCUAGGAAGAGGCGGCAGGAAGGUGAUAGUGAGCCUUCAGCAACGCAGAUUGCCGAUGUGGUGACCCCUCUUUGGAGAGUGCCCUACUCUGAGCAGUUGGAGCAGAAGCGGCUGGAAUGUGAACGGGUGCUACAGAAACUGGCCAAGGAAAUUGGGAGUACUAACCGCGCCCUGCUACCCUGGCUGCUCACACAGAGACAACAGCACAAUAAGGCUUGUUGCCCAUUGGAGGGAGUCAAGCCAUCACCCCAGCAGACUGAAUAUCGUAAUAAGUGUGAGUUUCUGGUCGGAGUUGGGGUAGACGGCGAAGACAACACCGUUGGCUGCCGGCUUGGCAAGUACAAGGGUGGAACGUGUGCCGUGGCAGCCCCCUUGGACACCGUGCACAUUCCAGAGGCCACCAAGCAGGUGGUGAAGGCCUUCCAGGAAUUCAUUCGGUCCACCCCAUACUCGGCAUACGACCCUGAGACAUAUGCGGGCCACUGGAAGCAGCUGACUGUUCGUACCAGCCGCAGAGGCCAGGCCAUGGCCAUUGCCUACUUCCACCCCCAGAAACUGAGCUCGGAGGAAAUGGCAGGGCUGAAGGCCUCACUUGUGUACUACUUCAUGGAAGGGCCAGGCAAGGCCAGUGGGGUGACCUGCCUCUACUUUGUGGAGGAAGGACAGAGGAAGACUCCCAGCCAGGAAGGCCUGCCCCUGGAGCAUAUGGCUGGUGACCAGUGCAUCCAGGAAGACCUGCUGGGGCUGACCUUCCGCAUUUCCCCUCAAGCAUUCUUCCAGGUAAACACACCUGCAGCUGAAGUGCUCUACACAGUUAUCCAGGAAUGGGCUCAGCUGGACGGGGGCAGUACCGUGCUGGAUGUGUGCUGUGGCACUGGCACCAUAGGCCUGGCUCUGGCACCGAAGGUAAAGAGAGUCAUCGGGAUUGAGCUGUGCCAGGAGGCUGUGGAGGAUGCCCGUGUGAAUGCUCUCACCAAUGAGUUGAGCAACGUUGAGUUCCACUGCGGCAGGGCUGAAGAUCUUGUGCCAGGCUUGGUGAGCAGACUGUCUUCCCAACGACUUGUAGCUGUCCUAGACCCACCACGGGCUGGACUACAUUCCAAAGUGAUUCUGGCCAUUCGUAGAGCUGAGAAUAUCAAGCGACUCCUGUAUGUUUCCUGCAAUCCCCGGGCAGCCAUGGGCAACUUUGUGGACCUCUGCAGGGCCCCAUCUAACCGAGUAAAAGGCAUUCCAUUCCACCCAGUCAAGGCUGUGGCCGUGGACCUGUUCCCACAAACUCCACACUGUGAGAUGCUUAUACUGUUUGAGAGGAUGGACCAAUACCCUAAUAGCACAGGAGCCUUGGGGCAUCAAGACUCUGAAAGCCCAAGAAAUACUCCUGAUACCACCUCACAGGAAACGGAGACUUCCCUCUCAUCCUAGGUUCUGGGAACUGCAGAAGUAGACAAAAGCUGGGAACUCCUUAUGGCUCCCUGCUAAGCAGAGGCAUGAGGCCUACCUAGCUGUUAUUAUGAACACUGUAUCCUGUAAUGGGGCAGCCAGAAUCUAGAAUAAAUACUGAUUUACUGAUGGUUUUGUGAGAGCCAGAGCCUUGACUCAUUCCUACUUGCCACAAGCUUCACUGUGCUUAAAGGAAUGCCAGGGCUCUCUUCAAUUUAGUCACCGACAGAGCAGGUUUUAGGGCCAAACACCAAAUAUUCCAGGUGAGUGAGCACUGAGAAUGGCCCCUGCAGGUAGUGACUGCUGAACACCCCUCUAUGCAGAGUUUGCAUGAGGUUAACUUGUGUACGCCAUGGCACUUCCUAGCCGGUUGAAGAUCCACAAUCAUCCAAUACUCUCAUCAGAAAAAAAGAAACCAGCCAUUCCUGUUUGGUCAAUUUUAUGUGUUCAGACCAUCGGGGUAUACCCUACAGCCAUGGCCAGCAUCUGCACAGGCUCCCAGCAUUGUAGCAUGGCUGCUGUACCUUAAAAAUUCACCUGCCUGUAAGAGACAGGCAAAUGGGACUAUAGAGAGAUCACCAUGCCCAUGUGCUCAAGGCUUUCUCAAUAGCAAAUCUGUUUUAAGGGUGAUGGUCAGUCAAAGGCUGAUUACAACUAUGAAUGAGAGGCAAGAAAGAAGAAAUCAGGUGUUCAACUCUAGCAACUUGAUUUGGAGGAUUCUUUUUGCUUAGAUUAACACAGAAGUUAACUGCUGCACACAGAUAAUGGGGGGAGAAAUAUAGUAUUGGGAUAGCUGUUAUCCCAUCUUUGUGAUAACACACACCAUCCAUAUAUCUUCAGGUACAGGGUUCUCAACAUACCUCUACUCAAUACCCAUCUCCAUGACUAGCCAGAGAGCAUGGGUAGACAAAAACUAAAUCUGACAUCAG